AUGAGCGUGGAAGUUUUGAAAGAACGGCGACUCGGAAUAAUCCGAUUCACUGGCUUCGAUGAUAUAGAUGAAAUUGAGCAAGCAGAAGAAGCGGAAACGCCAGCUCAAGUGAAUAAAAGAAAACGUGGAGGGAGAAAAAGGAACAGGAGACAAAAAAUUGAAGGAACUGAAACAGUAAAGAAUGAACAGAAAAACACAGACAAGAACAAUCCUUUCAAAUACUCUAGACUCCUACAGGAAAUUCAUGAUCGUGAGAAAAUUCAUGGAAUGAGAAGAGAAGAAGCUCGUCAGUUAUUGGAAGACAAACUUCUUUUUCUUGGCGACACUUCACUUCAAAACGUUCAUCUCCGCCGUUCGUGUCUGGUUGUGACUUCUGAUGAAACAUUUCAGUUAGAAGAUGGUUCGAAAAUCCCAUCUGAAAUCAUUACGGUAUCAAUGGAUAACGGGAAAGUUUCCUCAAUUUUGAGGUUCUUUCCUUCCAAAACUAGAAAUUUCGAGAUGGAAAGUGUUGAAAAUUAUCAAAACCACCGUAUGCGUCGUGUUUACUGGAAUCCUUCUGUUGCAAAAGAUACCAAUUUGAUGUUCCGAACAUGGAGCCAUUUUCUCGAUCGAUGUCUUUUGUCUCUGCUACUCGUUCCCCUUAAUAAAAUGGACCAACUCCUGGAUUUCCUACGCAAAAUCAAUGAGAUCCGUACUUCUCUGAACAACAGAGUUACUGUAUCCAUUUGCUUGAGUCGUGUGAUUUGUGUCGAAGAUUAUCUAAACGCAGUUCAAAAUGUUAUGAAUACUCAAAUAAUAUUUAAAUCAACUCCGACCAUGGAUCUGGUUCCGUUACAUUUUGCACUUGACUACUGUCGUCAUCAACUUGAAUCUUUGGAUCUUGUUAUCAAAUCAGUAGCUAAUUAUACAUCUUAUCAGUAUUAUGCAGCUCCAAAGCAUUAUGAAACAAGUGGAUUUGAAAUGACAAACUGGUCUUGUCAUCAGGAAGCACAUAUCAGUAUGGAACCAGAGAAGUAUCAACGCAUCCUACACUGGCUGUCUCAAAUGAGUUUGGAUGAAUCGGAAAAUUUGGAAGAGAACUACGACAGAUCAAUGUCAUAUGAAGAAGCGGAGGACAACGAUGAACAGGAUUUUGCUAGAACUCCAUGA